GCGUUAAGGUUCCUCGUAACUUCCGGCUGCUUGAAGAGCUGGAAGAAGGCCAGAAAGGUGUGGGGGAUGGGACAGUGAGCUGGGGCUUGGAAGAUGAUGAGGACAUGACCUUAACAAGAUGGAGAGGGAUGAUCAUUGGCCCUCCUAGGGUGAGUCGGCUACUCUGAUUCACAGGCCACCAAGUUUGGCUCACUGGCCUUGUCCAGAAACAACCCUUAGUACCUACCCCACUAGGCACUUGUGGAGGUCUGAGAGGAUUGGACAGGUGUAAUCAAUAUGUCAAAAAUUCCACCUAGCCCAGGGGUGUCAAUCAUACGGCCCGUGGGUUUGAUAAAACAAAGAAUGCAAUAUUGUUUGUCAGUAAAUGUAUAUUUGCGGGGGACAAUCUUAAUCGAUAUUGAAAUGACUAAAUCCAAAUCGAAACUGUAAAGAACUUACAAUGGACCUGCAUUCAUUCUGUCCAGCUUGCUAACAGUCAUCGAAACAAAAGUUGGACUGUCGGGGAGCAUUUAAAAUUCCAAAAGCAAUGGAUAGAGGACUAUUUUUUGCUAAUGUUUGCCUGCAAGGAAAUAAAAUUGAUUAUAUGUACGGCCCUCCGGACCUCGGUGAAGACCGAAUGCGGCUUGAGUUUGACACCCCUGACCUGACCUAGCCUAUCAAAGGGGCAAGGUGGAGCUAUAAACAUAAUGCUAAACCCAUUCUCACUGAUGUCUUUGUAUGUCAUUUUUCAGACAAUCUAUGAAAAUAGGAUGUACAGUCUGAAGGUUGAAUGUGGGCCCAGAUAUCCAGAGGCACCACCGUUUGUCAGAUUUGUGACUAAGAUAAACUUGAAUGGUGUGCACAACUCCAAUGGUGUGGUAUGUAAAUCUGUUUGUCCUUCAAAAUGUUUCAAUCUGUGAAGAAAGAUGUUGUAAAAUAGCUAAUACUCACAGUCUCAUUUGUGUUGUAGAUAUUUUUUGUAGGUAUGUUUAAGGAUUUGAUUUUUUAUUGAAGUGAGUGACUUGAUUAAAUUGCCCCUGGCUCCUAUAAUAAGAUAUGGAUUUCAGUGCAGGGCUAACAUGCAGUUGGAUGACUGGUAAUGCCUACUAUGUUUAGGUCACAUUAGACUGAGGAAAUGUCAAUGGACUCUUAUUGCAUGUGACAUUUCAGACGGCAAUACUUUGCUUGAACAUACUAAAUGUAGUUCUGCAUGAUCGUAUAGGAUGUAGGUUCCGCAGGAUAGGCUAUUCCAGAGGUUGCAUUUAUGUAUACUUUUUAUAUUUACAUUUUAUAUCCAUACAAAAAUGAACUAUUUUUGCCAGGUUAUGUAGCAAUUUUUUUUUUUGAAUAUAAUGUUUGUCACAACUAACCAGUACUUAAGCCAACCAUGAUAUUCCUACAAAAUAUAUAUAGAGAGUUGCGAGUCAUGUUUUGUGAGAGUGUGAUUGAGGUGUGAUGUAAUGUUUCUCUCCUUCCAUUGUUCCCUGUCCUGCAGGUUGACACACGAGCAGUGUCUGCACUGGCCAAGUGGCAGAACUCCUACAGUAUCCGUGUGGUCCUGCAGGAGCUCAGACGGCUCAUGAUGUGCAAGGAGAACAUGAAGCUCCCCCAGCCACCAGAGGGCCAGAUCUACACCAACU